AUGGAUGCCAAUGAUAGUAAAGUAACUCAAAAUACCGAAGAGACUGUCAAGGAAAACGGCCACUUCAACAAGGGAAACGAGGACAAAUCUUCUAAUGCUUUGACCUCUUCGACGUACUGCUACACUAAAGAAGCAGUAUUCCAAAGUAGCAACGCUGCUGUUGACGGAGCUGUUCUCACUUUGACUUUUACUGUGCUUCACCUUAGUCGUGAAUUUUCCUUUUUCAAAUUGGCUUUUGCUCGCGGUGGAGGCGCUACAGGGGAUGAAGAGCUAUGGUUGCUCUUUUCUGGGAAAAAGAUCUUUGUGGGUGGAAUCGCCUAUGAUGUGCUCAACGAAGAUCUUACCAAUCAUUUCCAACAGUUUGGAGAGGUCGCUCAGGCCCAGGUGAAAUUCGACCGAGUCACCGGCCGCUCAAGGGGCUUUGCCUUUGUCGAGUUCGCUACGGGAGAGGGUUGCAAAGCAGCACUUGCUGCUCGUGAACAAACCAUCAAGAACAAGCAGGUCGAAGUGAAACCCGCGAAGUCAAGAGAGAAUAAGAAGGUGUUUGUUGGAGGAUUGCCUUCCGAUUACAACGAGGGAGAGCUCCGAUCACAUUUCGAACAAUUCGGAAAGGUUGAAGAUAUUGAGUGGCCUUUCGACAAGCAAACAAAGAUGCGCCGCAAUUUUGCUUUCAUUGUAUUCGAGGAAGAAGAAGCGGCUGACAAGGCUUCAGCACAAGCGAAACAAACCUUUGGAACCCGCGAAUGUGACGUGAAAAAAGCCGUGCCACAAGGGAAGCGUUUCGCUGCCAUGGGAGGCCGUGGAAACGGGAUGCGACCCUAUGGUGGUCGAGGUGGUGUUAAUGGAGGAGCUGCUUGGUAUGGAGCUUGGGGACAAAUGGGUAUGCCUUAUGGUGCCGGAGCAGCGUGGGGAGACUGGUACGGUGCAGCAAAUUCUUUCUAUGGUCAACAAAACGGUGCCGCAGCUUACGGAAAUGCAUACGGUGCAGCAGGUGCGGGAUAUGAUACAUACCAACAAGGUGCUCGUCAGAAUGGUAAUGCAGCAGGGCAGCGUUACCAACAGGCUGCACAGCAGCAGAUGACGUCUACCUUGGAUACAUUUAUGAACCGAGUUAUAUCGGUGGUGACAGGUGAUGGAAGGAAUAUCGUCGGCAUGAUGAAGGGCUUCGAUCAACUCGUAAAUGUUGUUCUUGAAGAUUCACAUGAACGUGUUUACUCCGAAACUCAAGGAGUUGAACAGAUUCCGCUUGGGCUGUACAUUAUAAGAGGAGAUAAUAUGUGA